AUGAAGCGCGAUCGGCGCGGCCGGUUCCUGGCGGCCGCGGGCGGCCCCGGAGCGGCUGCGGCGGCGGCGACCGAGCCCCGGAGGCGGCUCGCUACGGCCCCCCGUGGCAACGAGGCGGCGGCGGCCCAGCCUGAACCUCCCGCGGGGUGGGCCCCGGCGGCUGCCGCCGCCGCCUGGACACGGCCCCCCGCGCUCGGAUCGGCCCCCGAGGCAGGGAUCGGCAGAGCACUGAGCACCGGCUACUGCCGCCUCUGCCACGGGAAGUUCUCCUCCCGGAGCCUGCGCAAUGCCUUCGGGAAGGUGCCAGUGAUGGGGGAGAACUCGGAGAAGCAGCGGCGCGUGGAUCAGGUCUUCUUCGCCGACUUCCAGCGGCUGGUGGGUGUGGCGGUGCGGCAGGACCCGGCCCUGCCCCAGUUCGUCUGCAAGAAGUGCCACGCCCAGUUCUACAAGUGCCGCAGCGUCCUCCGGACCUUCAUCCAGAGGGUCAACGCGUCCCCCACCGGACACCUGAAGUCAAAAGGAAAGAGUGACGCAGCACCAGGCCAGCCAUGUGCCGAAGGAGAUGCCUCCUGCCUGGUGGACCUGAUCACCUCGAGCCCACAGUGCCUGCACAGCCUGGUGACGUGGACGCACACCCACGCCGGCAGCUGCCCGUCGGUGCCCAGCCUGCAGAGCGUCCUCUCCUCCGAGUACUGCGGCAUCAUCCGCGCCGUCUGGGGCUGCGCCCAGGGCCACGACUACGUCAUGGACACGGACUCGGACUGCAGCAGCCUGCUGCUGGACACCGCCUUGGCGGGCAAGCGGGAGCAGGGCGUGGCGCGGCGCUUGACAGACAACGGAGCGGACAAUGACCAGGCCCUUCCUGCUCCCACACCCCAGCAUGCUCCAGGAAGGACCCCUCCUUGCCAGCAGCCUGCAAACAAAGGGGAGGCCUCGUUGCCACCCGAGGUGGAGGACGAGGCGCCGCUGCCACAGGACAGGGAUUCAUCUCACUUGCAACUGGAGAGCGCUGCUGCCUUACAGGAGAAGGUUCUGUCACAGCCCGAGUCACCGCUGAGCAGUGCUGCAGGCCAGUUGAGUGGGAAGCAGGUCCCUUCUGCAACGGCGCAUGAGCGGGUAAAAGACGAGUUCAGUGACCUUUCUGAGGGGGACUUCCUGAGUGAUGAUGAAAAUGAGAAGAAAAAUGUGCAAUCUUCAGAUGACUCCUUCGAGCCUUACCCUGAAAAGAAGGUUUCUAGCAAGAAAAGUGAUGGCAAAAAAACCAAGAAGGCAGAAGAGCCCAAAAUAAGGAAGAAGCCAGGGCCAAAGCCAGGCUGGAAAAAAAAAAUCAAGUGUGAAAGGGAGGAGCUGCCAACCAUUUACAAGUGUCCUUACCAGGGCUGCACAGCUGUCUACAGAGGGGCAGAUGGCAUGAAGAAACACAUCAAAGAGCAUCAUGAGGAGGUUCGGGAGAGGCCUUGUCCUCACCCUGGCUGCAACAAGGUGUUCAUGAUCGACCGGUACCUGCAGCGCCACGUCAAACUCAUCCAUACAGAGGUACGGAACUACAUCUGUGAUGAGUGUGGGCAGACCUUCAAGCAACGCAAACACCUCUCAGUCCACCAGAUGCGGCACUCGGGAGCAAAGCCCCUCCAGUGUGAGAUCUGCGGGUUCCAGUGCCGGCAGCGUGCGUCCCUCAAGUACCACAUGACCAAACACAAAGCCGAGACGGAGCUGGAGUUCGCCUGCGACCAGUGUGGGAAGCGCUUCGAGAAGGCUCAUAACCUUAACGUCCACAUGUCCAUGGUGCACCCUCUGACCCAGACUCAGGACAAAGCCAAGCCACUGGAGCCAGAGCCCAUUCUCCUCCUCGAUCCUUCAGGGACUUCUGAGAGCCAGGCAGUAAAGUCAGAAGUGACUGCACAGCAGGAGCCCACCUGAGGGGACAGGGAAUAGGGGGGGAGCUGUCCCAGUCCAGCCCAGUAGAAACCACAUGGCAGAGUGGAGAUUUUUUUUAAUCUUCCUUUUAGUCUCCCAAAGAACUCGGUGGAAUUAGCUUCAGCUUGCUCAGAAAAAAAAAAAAAAAGCUUGUUCUCAUGCUGUGAUUCUCCAUGCUCAUGUCUGGUCCAGCAGUGUUGUACUCAGAGUCAGUCUAACC